AUGGGAAACGACAAAGCUGUCACCGUCACCGUAACCGCCGUGGCCGGGGACACAGAACGCCGAAGGACGUUCUCGACCCUGUCAACAAGCACCACCUCGAGCCUUGUCAAGUCGCGCCGUCCACCUCACGUGGGGAGCACUGAGAAAGUGCGCGAGCUCGUCCGACUUGCACUCACUCGUCUCCGUGUUCUUCUCAGCGAACGCAAAGGCACUCGGAAACCCAUCUCCCAGAAGGGUCUCUUCGCUUACAACUACGUUGAGCCUCUGUUCAACUGGUGGGGUGCCAACUACCGAGUCCUCCUCACCCAGUGCCUUGGCCGUGUUGAAGCCCGUGACGCAUUCGGAUCUGCGACCAAGCUGGUGAAUGGUGCCUCGCACAACUAUGCCGGCUUCUACAAGGCCACCGCCGAAGCCGAGAGGCUGCAGCGUUUGUGCCUCGAGAUGCUACCCGUCUCUGAGAGCGACGCAGUUCCCUUCCUCAGAGACGAGACACACCAUGCCAUUGCCAAGUUUCUCGGUGCCGACUUCUGCUUCACCACGAGCACGGGCUACGGCUCAAAUUACAUCGCCCUUCCGCCGCUCGUCGACUGCGCUACCGUCGUCAUUAUGGACGAGAACUGCCACAACUCCAUGUUCACUGGUGUGUUUCUUGGGAUCUGCCCCAACCUUCGCAAGUUCAAGCACAACAACAUGGACCACUUGGAGACGCUGUUGAGCGGGUGUAUUGAUGCGACGGACAACAUCAUUGUGGCAAUCGAGGGUCUCUACAGCAUGGAAGCCGACGUGCCACCUUUGGACGAGAUUCAACGCCUGAAGAAGGAAUAUGGCUUCACAUUAUACUGCGACGAGGCGCAUUCUUUCUUGUCACUCGGCAAGACCGGCCGAGGAUGUUUGGAGUACUGGAACGAUUACCAUCCGGAGAACCCCUUACCUUGGGACCUCAUCGACAUACGCACUGGCACCCUUUCCAAGGCUGUAGGGGGUAUUGGAGGCAUAAUCGUUGGAAAGGGCCAAUUCCAGGAAAGUGUUAGAGAACGCAUAGAGAACCUCGACGAACAGGAAAAUGCCUCCCUGCCCAGUUCCACCAUGGCGCAGACUCUCUGGGUUCUCGGACAGCCUGCCCGAAUCAGCCGCAGUCUGCAGCGUUUGGCCAACAUCUCUCGCUUCUGCCGGGAAGAACUGGAACGCUUCGGCAUCUUUGUUUAUGGCGACAUUGGUACACCUGUUCUCCCCGUUUACACCGGCAGGCCCAGCGUCUCAGCCAAGCUAUCAUAUGCUCUCCGCUGCGCAGGUCUCCUCGCCACGCCGGUUUGCACUCCGGCCGUCCCCUUCUGGGAAAGCAGAGUCCGCAUCAACCUCUCAGCAGAUUUCACCGAUGAAGAAGUCAACCGCCUCGUCGAGGCAGUCAUUCGUGCAGCCGCCAGCGUCGGUAUCUGCAGAUCCCCGAGCACCGUUCGCUUUCUCUUCAAGACCGACGAAGAAUCUUUCACGGUGGAGGAAGAUCCCGAAGAGGCGGAGAGGUCGUAUGACUGGGUGCGCGGUUUGAUCAAGAUGGACGCGACGAUGGGUCCAACGAGUCAGCAGAGACAGUUAUUCGACACCACAUGUGGCCCCAGGAUUCUUGAGAUAGGUCACAAAUCUCGCGUGCAGUAUGGCAUCGGUGCCGGAGGUGCACGCUGGAUCUGCGGGACUUUCCCUCCUCACCUCGCAGUUGAGAAGCUCAUCGCCAAAGCAACUGGCAUGGAGGCGGGCCUGACCUAUGCGGAUGCAUCAAUCGGACUCGCAUCAACCAUCGCUGCACUAUCGCGACCGUUGUUGGGAUACACCAAGCACUAUCUCCUAUUUGAGAGGGGCGCAAGCCAAUUUGUUCGCGACGGCAUCGUGAUGGCACCAAAGAAGGAUGCACCCACUCUGCUCAGCUACAUCGACUUAUUCCAGCUCGUGCAGCAAGUCAGAAAGCUUUCGCGCAGCAACCAGAGACUAUGUCUCACAGUUUACGUUCGCGUCGGCGAAGACUCGGCUCAUCACUUGCUUUCAAACGUUCUUGAGGAGAUCGCGACCAUCACUGGUCCAGAGUCCUCCAUGACCAUUCUUCUUCACUGCACCUCUCAUUACCUGAACCCAAGGGAGCUCAUCUCGUUCCCUUGCAGGUCUAACAUCCAUGUUCUUGUGUGUGGUUCUUUCAAUCGCAUCUUUGGUCUGCCGGCGGGUUUCCUUACUGGCCCAGAGAGUCUCAUCAGGGAGUUGAGGUAUACGAGUAGGGGGUACAUGUUUACCACCUCACCACCCCCAUUCGUGAUGGAUAUGCUGCGUGCUGCGUUGGAGUGGAACUUGUCGACCGAUUAA